AUGGCUAAGCCGUAUCCUCAAGUCGUUCUCCUGGGGGAUUCCCUGUUUGAGUUUGCAGCUCAUACUUUGAGCGGCUUCUCAUUCCAGUCGGCUCUUCAAACACGGCUUAUACGGCGAUUUGACGUGGUUAAUCGCGGCUUUGCGGGGUGGAACACGACAAAUGUUCUCAAGUACUUGCCCGAGAUUUUUGCUGAACCGUCUGCCUCAUCACCAAAAAUUGAGUAUUUGCUGAUUCUCUUGGGAGCAAACGACGCUGUUAAACCUGGAGCAGCUACAUCGCAGCAUGUUCCUAUUGAGACAUAUAAGGAGAACCUCAGCAAGAUUAUAAACCAUCCUCAUAUACAGGCUCACAACCCCAAAAUCCUACUGGUCACUCCUCCCCCAGUGGAUGAAAUUAAGCUGCAAGAGGUUGAUGUGGCUUACGGCCAUCCAGCAGCGAUUCGGUCCUCGGCCAUAUCUGCCUCAUAUUCGGAGAAGGCUCGGGAGGUCGCCCGCGAGAAUCCGGGAGUAGUUCUUAUUGAUCUCUGGCAAGCAAUCAUGGGCGAAGCUAUUUCCAUGUCGCCAGAGGACUAUCAGCCAGGAGGGCCUUGGCUUGGAUCGCCCGAGAAUGGGAAGCAAGGGGGGCUGGAUAAGCUUCUUCCGGAUGGACUUCACAUGGGCGGACAGGGAUAUAGGGUGUUUUUCGAUGAGAUCAAAGCGCAUAUUGGGCAAAAUAUCAAGCCGGAUGACAGGACGGACUAUAUAAUUCCGGAUUGGAGAGUUGUCACUCCCCCAAAGGUUGAUCUGCCAAAGGUAACGCCCAUUCCCCUCGAGUAA